AUGCAACAUCUCAUCCCCUCAUUACUGUCAAACCAAGUUAACGCGACAUCCACACCUCACGUAUCGGCAUCAGCAGACGUGUCCUCUCUGCUCUUUGGCAUUCUUUCGGCUACAGGCGUGAGCGAUUGGCUCAAGCUCGCCGUUAUAGGCGGAAGUGUCGAGUUAUGUCGUCGGAGCUUCUUCGACAUCUGGGAGUGGCUUCUAAAGUCGUUCUGGAUCACCGCAUCGGUAGAUAGCAACGACUCCUGGAUCUUAUUUUGGAUUUCCAAGCAGCCCUCGUGGAACAACGCGACGCGUGUUGAAGUGACCACAAGCAACCUAGGUCCUGACUCACGACAAGCCUAUUUCUCCAAUGAGGAAGAUGAGGAUACAGAUCGGCCUAUAUCGUAUAUUCCGAGUAUCAUGGUCGACUACUCGCUGUGGUACAAGGGGCGAUAUCUAACAAUAUCGCGGACCGAGUCUGCCGAAGGAUAUUAUCAGAGAAAAUAUACCCUCAAGAUUAGCAUCUUCAGUCGAGAUAAAGCAAUCCUAGAUCAGCUUCUAACGGAUGCCAGGACUGCUUAUAAGGCUGCCGGCGAGCAGUUCAUCUCCAUUUAUAUGUCUGACAUGCACAGUGAUUGGACGCAUGUUACUUCACGCCCCAAACGUCCCUUGAACUCUAUUAUCCUCGAUCCUGGCAUCAAAGAAAUGCUGAUAGAUGAUGCUCGUGACUUUCUAGAUAGUCAAGAAUGGUACUUUGAGAGAGGAAUUCCUUUCCGCCGAGGGUAUCUUCUGUAUGGUGUACCCGGCGCCGGCAAGACCUCGAUGAUUCAUAGUAUAGCAGGCGAGCUUGGUCUGGAUGUCUACGUCCUAACAUUCUCGCGUUCAGGGAUGAACGACGGCUCGCUCAGCGAGCUUAUCUCCAACCUUCCUCGCCGUUGUAUAGUUCUUAUGGAGGACGUCGAUGCUGCCUUCCAGAGAGGCAUUCGGCGCCGUGCCAUCCCCGACGGCCAACAGGAGCCUAUACCAGAAUCAAAUAGACCUGACGAAAAAUCGGAUGGGACUUCCGACACUGGUAUCACUCUGAGUGGUCUGCUCAACGCCCUCGAUGGUCUUUGCGCCCAAGAGGGACGCAUUCUGUUCGCCACGACUAACGAUUAUAAUGCCCUCGAUCCCGCACUUUGUCGACCGGGUCGAAUGGACCUGCACAUAGAGUUCAAGCUGUCAAGUAAAUACCAGGUAGAGCAACUCUUCAGAUGCUUUUAUUCACCCGGGAAGCACGACGCUGUCGAUGAAGACAAUUCGGAACACACCGAUGACGAGAAGAUUGACUUGAGCCAGUCAUCCCGGCGUAAUUCCUCCGAUCUCGACUCCGCAUCCCGCAGUGAAUCCAAUCUACUCACGACUUCCAUCUCCGCCACCGCUCUUCCUCCGGAGAAGGUGGUGACGACUACCGCACAUCCAAAAAGCGGGGUCCUUUCACGGCGAAGAGCAGUCGAGCUGGGGAAACGUUUCGCGGGUGCCAUCCCUGAUCGCGAGUUUUCUAUGGCCAGCUUGCAAGGUUAUCUAAUGAUGUAUAAAACACGCCCUGAAGAUGCUAUUACAGACGCACCGGCGUGGGUGGAGAAGGAGCGAGAAGCACGGAAAGCUCGUACCACAAGGCGGGAUGGAUCUCAUCCUUCGUUAUGA